AUGAGCAGUGAUGAGCCAGAAAUGGCGUCGGAAAAUAUUUCCGAUAAGAAAGAAAAAAUUCGAAGGAAGGCACCGAUAAAAAUUGUAUUACGGCGCUUACCCACUGCAAUGACUUGGGAUUUACUUCAGACGCAGUUACAUCCAUUGCCUGAAACUGAUUAUUGUGAAUUUGUGGCCGCAGAUCCAGAUGAAAGAUUCAGUUUUGCAAGAGUAUAUUUCGUUUUUAAAAACGAUGAAGAUUUGAUUGCCUUUAAAAAUCGAUUUAAUGGAUAUAUUUUCAUCGAUUCUAAUGGACAAGAAUCGAUGGGGUUAGUUGAGCUUGCGCCGAAUCCGAAAAUUUAUCGACAUAAGUUGGAAGAUUCAAAAAAGCGUGAUAAGCGGUGUGGCACGAUAGAAUCAGAAAUCGAAUAUAAAAUAUUUUUGGAUUGUCGUGAAAAUCCAGUAAAGCCAGAAAUUGUGCCGAUUGAAAAAAGAAUUCGAGAAAUCGAAGAGAAAGAGCGCCUUGCGCUUGGUAUGAUUCUUAUUUUUAUCAUUUUUUUUAGUUUUAGUUCAAGUUUUAAUACCUCAUUUUUUAAAAUUUUAGAAAAUUCGGUGCAAGAAACUCCGCUGACCCAAUUUUUCAUGAAGAAAAUGGAAGAAAAAUACAAAAGACUGAAACGUGUACGUGAAGAUGAAAAAGCACGGCGUUCUGCUCGCGAUGAAGAAAAGCGUAUUCGUGCUAUUCGUUUACAGGAAAAAAUUCUUAAGGUUUGUGGUGCGCAGCAUAAUGAAGCAAAGAAUGUCACUGAAUUUUAUAAUACAAAGUUCGAUAAAAAAAUUGACGAACAUAAUACUGAAAAAGAAAAAGAAAAGAAAAAAAAGCGAUGUUUUCAACAAUCCAGUAGUGGAUAUAGAAAUAAUAAUGAUAAUGAGCGUAUUAAUUCAAUUAAAAAAGAUAAAGAAAAAACGGAAUCUAUUAAAUUACGAGAGAAUUCAGAUGAAGCCUGUAAUGGUAUAAAGGAAAAACUUAUAGAGCGAAUUAAUUUGAGUCACAAAUCGAUUUCUAAGAAAAAAGUAACCAAAAAUGAUUGCUCUGAAUCGCUACAACAAAAUUUAGAGAAAAAUUCCGAUGCGAAAAGUUCGGAUACACAUACUGGUUCAGAUACAUUUGAAGAAAAAAUGCUUCAGAAAGAAAGACUGAGUGGCGAUCACGAAGAAGAAGCGAAUAAAAUAAGACGUCGUAAUAAGGAUCGUCCUGAACGUGCAAUUUAUCAACCUGCUGCACGCCGCCGAGCUGCAGCUUUAGCAAAUACUUUGGGAACAAGCAGUAUUGCAGAAAAGCGAUAA